AUGACCAAAGACGAUCAGCUGCUAUAUUAUUCCUUGGAAACCAUCCUCUCAUCAUCGCUGCCAGAACACCGUCGCCCGCGCCAGAAGGUCAAGACUUACAAGAUGUUGAUUAGUUCGGCACCGCCAUAUCCUUGCACUAUUCAGCUGGAAAAAGGGAAUGGAAAGUUGUGUAAGAGCAAUCAAUUCCGAAACUUCUUCCCGCAUCUGGGCAUCACUGUGAAAAUUGUCAACGGCGACAAUCCCGACAACUUCGCCAAACUGAUUGAUGAAAACACAAAAGCUCUGUAUAUUGAAAGCAUGGGAAAUCCGCGCUAUAACGUUCCAGAUUUCGAGUCCUUUGCGAGAUUGGAACAUGACAAUGGCAUUCCAUUGAUUAUCGACAACAAAUUUGGAUGCGGAGGUUAUCUUGUUCGCCCCUUUGAACAUGGAGCAGAUAUUGUCACUCACUCUUGCACGAAAUGGAUUGGCGGCCACGGAACGACUAUCGCCGGUGUUGUCGUUGGUCCUGGCAAUUUCGACUGGGGUAAAAAUCCCAAGAAAUUUCCAUACUUCAACGAGCCAUCUCCCAGCUACCAUGGAAUGAAAUUCUACGAAAAAUUUGGCCGGCUUGCCUUCGCAAUUCGCGCGCGCACUGAGAUCCUUCGAGAUUUGGGCUGCGCCCCUAACCCUUUCGCUGCCUUCUUAAUGCUUCAAGGCUUGGAAACAUUGUCCGUCCUGGUGGAUAGGAUUGUCAGUAAUGCCAUGGCGUUGGCAAAAUGGCUUCAGAGCAAUGAGCAUGUGUCGUGGGUUUCAUACCCUGGCCUAGAAGAUCACCCAUCUCAUCAAUUGGCCAAGAAAUAUUUCAAGAGGGGAUUCCGUGAUCUUCUUCCGGUGGAUCAGCCACGUUGGCAAUGUCGGAAAUGCAAAGACGCUUGCCCUACACCCGUGGUCAAGAACGCACAAGCAGCUGAAACCGGAAGAAAGAAUCGCAAGUGGUGUCACAGAGGACCUUAUUGCGAUGCUCCGUCGGCUUAG